CAUACGUCGUUUAAAUUAGUGAUGGCGUGAGGUCAAUCAAAGCACACGUCAUUACAGCUCGUAAAGAAGUGGUUUACCAAUUAUGACGUCACAUAAUAGCUUAGUGACGUCACGGAGUUUGAGAGCGCCGCGCGCGCUCCAACCGCGUGAAUGUGGUUCACGCUCGUCGCUUUCGUUUUGUGGCUUCUCUGCCUCGCGCUCUAUGUGGCGCUUGGAUGGAAGAAGCUACUUGACAUGCGCAACUCGAGGCUGACGCAGCCCGAGUCACCGGACGAAGACGAGCGGACGUAUGAGCUGCACAAAGUCGCGAGUCGAGAUGGCGACGAUAUUGCAACGUAUCUUUGCCGACAGGGCUACGAACUUGGCUCGAUUCUAGGCAAGGGGGCUUAUGCUGAGGUGAAGGAGGCGUAUUCAAACAAGCUUGGAAGAAACGUUGCCGUCAAAAUCAUCGAAAAGGCGAAGCUUUCCAGCAAGAGCUUUAACAAGUUUAUGCGGCGCGAAGUCGAGGCUCUGAGACAGGUAGACCACAAGUACGUCAUCAGCCUCAUUGAGGUGCUUGAGUCAAGUAAGCGGUUUUACCUCGUGCUGGAACUUGCGCAGAACGGCGAUUUGCUCCAACUGCUACAGAAAAAGAAACAAUUGCACGAAAACGAGGCGAGGAAAAUAUUUAAAAAGAUCGUCAAAGGAGUCCUGCACUGCCACAGAAAAGGUAUUGCUCACCGUGACUUGAAGCUUGAGAACAUUUUACUCUCUCGGAAAAACGAGCCAAUCAUAUCCGACUUUGGUUUCGCGCGUUACGUGGGCGGGUCAUCCGACACGUGCAUGACACGUCCACGGAGCAACACCUUCUGCGGGUCCUACGCCUACGCCGCUCCGGAGAUCUUACAAGGUAUCCCAUAUGAUGCCACUAGCAGUGACGUUUGGAGUCUAGGCGUGGUUCUCUUUGCAAUGGUAACUGGGCGUUUCCCAUUCGACGAUCAGGACCGGAGGCAGCUAUUGCGUCAUACCUUAGCUGGCAAGUUCUCAUACCCGAAAGGCAGUGCGCGCCUCUCGGACCAGCUAAAAGAGCUAGUCAAGAACAUGCUGACGGCUGACAUCAAAUCGAGGCUCACCCUGGAGGAGGUGUACGAUCAUCCCUGGAUCCGAGGCGCCAAACACGUGACCAGCAAAGUUUCCCGAGACAAAACCCACUCAUUCGCACUGGUCAGCGACACUAUGUCACGGGAGUAACUCCUGGUCAGCAAAUCAACAGUUGAUGAUUUAAAACCUGUCAUGUGAUUUACUCUUCUAAAAUUCCUGGAAAUUAAGUUCAAUUUAAAGGAAAUUACUUUGAUUUUGCACGCUCGUGGUCUUUGUAACCCAGUUGUGCUAACUAUUAUGCUGUCAUUUAUGUUAUUUGUGGCUCUGGUAUUUGAUAAUGAUGCCAUUUACGCAACGGAUGAGAACAAUAAACCAUGGCACAUA